AAUUAAAUCCAUGGCUUGCUCUCUCCGAAUACUUCCCUCUAUGUCAAAAGUUUGUCAGAUUAUCCAGUCCAUAUCUCGGAAAAGAAAAGUUACAAACAUCAACCGCUAUCCAAAGUCAAAAAGAUGCCGCCUAUAAUAUCAAGUGAUAAUUAUUCAGUUGAAUCUAAAGCCCUGGGGACCAGGUAUGGUUUCAGAACCUAUUGUCGUGUAGGCUAAUUUCGCUGAUGAAAUUAGGAUGAUGGAAGCAAAUGAAUAUAGUGAUUUCGUUAUAAAGUGCCACCCAAAGACAUUCCAUGUCCAUCGAAUCGUCGUUUGCACGCAAUCGAAACCAAUACAGGCUGCAGCAAAUGGAAAAUUCCUGGUUAGCUCCUGUUCCUUUAUCUCUUUCACCAACUCAACUGACAGUUGAAAAAUUUAUAUCUUGCUCAAUCAUUGCUGAGAUUAGUACAGGAAUCUGUUACUGGGGUUCUAGACCUAGUGGAUGAUAACCCCAACACUGUCGCAAGAAUGAUCAACUUCUUUUACCUCCGGGAUUAUGACGAUUCCGAGACGACUGAAGAGGCUAAGGAAAGUUAUGGACGUCUUUUGAUCAACACAAUGGUAUAUAUCAUUGGGGACAAAUAUGAUAUCCAAGGUCUUAAAACCCUCGCCAAAAGAAAGUACGAAGCAGCUAUAGAUACCGAGUGGAAUACCCCUUCUUUCUCGGCCAGUUUAGAGCUUAUGUACGAGGAGCUCCCAGAGAGUGAUACGUGUCUUACGUCGCUUGCCCUUCAAACUGCAAGCAAGCAUGUGAAAGAACUCAAAGAUAAAGAGGAAUUCGCUAGUUUGUGCAAAAAUAACCCGGCCAUCGCCUACGAUCUGUUCACGACGGCUGCCUCGCAAUCUCCUGCAACCAUCCCGGAACCUAAGGUGCAUAUGGAAACCAGAGACCAUUGUCCCAAAGGUCAUAGUUUCACACAUCUUAAAGAUAUACAUGCGAUGUAUGAUUCGAACUUGGGGAAAUGGAAGGUAAAAUGUCCGAAUUGUGCCAUGCAGAAGGUGUGUUAUAAAGCUGAUGGUUCGUGUGAUUUGGAGGCCAAGUGGGAUGGAGUUGGGGUGGGUUAUUGGUAUUUAUGAGUCUUCUGUUGGGCGGUGGGUUUAUGAUUUUGUAACUGAAGCGUUUUUUGGUUUAGUUCUUGGUUCAGAUUAGGUGUUCAUGGUAGGAAAUAUUGUUGCAUCUGAGAUGGAACAAUCAGUUGUUGGGUACUCUGGUGUAUGGGAAGGUAUAUUUGGGAUGGAUACAUAGAAAGAUUUAUUAAUGCUACAGAAAAUUUUGAUUUUCCACAGCAAGCUUCUUGAAAAUGCUACAUUUAGCUUGGUAUACUGUAGUAGGUAGUACUUUUAG